GGAGCGGAGGGAUACUACCGCGUGCAAUACGACGAGAGAAACAUGGACGCCAUCAUAAAACAAUUGAACAACGACCCAGAGAAAAUCGGUGAAAGUAACCGAGUGCAAUUAAUCGACGAUGCCUUCAUUCUCGCUGAAUCGGAUAUAUUGGAUUACAUAGUAGCACUGCGAACCACCGAGUACAUGCAGAAGGAGACGGAGUACGUGCCCUGGUACUUGAUGCUAAAACGAUUGGGAUAUACCGAUAUGAUGCUAAGAAGCAGGGAAUCCAUGUUCAAAGAAUUUCAGGGCUACAUGCGAGCACAAAACACACUGUAUUACAACGGUUACGACUGGACCGGCGUCAGUGAAGACGAAGAAUUGAUAACAUUGAUGAAGCGAGAAGUAGCGGUGACCAUUGCUUGUCGUUACAAUGAGGAGAAGUGUGUGCUUGAAGCCGGACAACUCUUCACACAGUGGAUGAACAAGCCAGACGAUGAGAACCCCAUCAACGUCAAUCUCCGAUCUCCGGCCUACAACGCUGCCCUCAGGGCGGGAGGCGAGCAGGAAUGGGAGUUCGCAUGGCAACGCUACAACGUCACCAGCGACGUGAGCGAGAGAGAUCGUCUGCGGGAAGCCAUGGGCAUGACGGAAGACCUCACCCUUCUCCAAAAAUACUACGAAAUAGCAAUGGACCCGACGAUGACGUCAGCCGACGAUACUGCCGACGUCCUGAGAGCAAUAGCAAGCGGUAACCACGUUGGCCGAGACUUCAUGUGGGACGCCAUAGUGUCAAGUUACGAUGCUAUAGUGGAACGGACAGAAUUCGCAAUAUAUUUCGUAGUGAUCGACACGACGGCGUCAUUUAAUACGGAAAAGGAGUUAGAGCAG